AUGACUUCAGAUAAGAAAACUGUCCCUGAGAAACAGGAUUUAAAUGUACUGAAUGCAGUGAACUAUGGUGAUGUGCAUGUCAGCUUCACCUUGGAAGAGUGGAUUUUGCUGGAUUCUUCCCAGAAGAAUCUCUAUAAAGAUGUGAUGCUAGAGACCUACAGGAACCUCACUACCAUAGGAUACAGUUGGGAAGACCAUAAUAUUGAAGAACAUUUUCAGAGUUCUAGAAGACGUGAAAGGAAAAAUGUAACUGCAAAGAUGCUGCAGCAUGUGGAUUGA